UUCUAAACUAGCUUUGGAAUAAACAUCAUCUAGUUUGGCUAGAAUUGACUUAUCUAAUUCGUUUUCGGACCUCACUUGUAAUUGAUUUCGCCCUGUAACGAGCCGAUCAAUUUGUAAAUUAACAAAACUAAAAACUGCAACUAACUCAAUAAUAACAAUAAUAAUUGUAUAUCUUUAACGCUUUCAGACGAGAAACUAAGAAACGACAAAAGAAAACUAACUCAAAUAACAAAAAAAUGCCACGCGGAAAAUUCUUAAAUCAUAAAGGCCGCAGCCGCCAAUUUACACCAGUCGAGGAGCUACAGCGCGAACAAGAGUUGGAUGUGUGCAUAAUGUCAUCGCACAUUAAUAAGUUUACCGAGAGCAUUAAUAACAUUGAGGAGGCCACCUAUGAUGGUGACAACAGCAGCGAGUAUUGCAAUGACAAAAGCGGCGAACUUGGCAAUGACAAUGGGAAUCCCAGUGGCAAUGGCAAUGUCAAUGUCAAUGCCAAUGUCAAUGUCAAUGUCAAUGUCAAUGUCAAUGUCAAUGAUAGUGUUAGUAGUAAUAAUAAUAGUAUUAGUAAUAAUAGUUUUAAUAAUGAUGCUAAUAUCAAUGGCAACGGCAAUUGCGAUGGCAAUGGCAAUGUCAAUGGCGAUGGCGAUGGUCAUCUCAAUGGCCUAACAAAGGGUCGCAAAUUGGGUGGAGCUGUGGAAGGACUAAUUGAAAUAUCGAACCCGAAUCGCCCCGUUAAGAAACCAUCAAUCAAGUUGGCGCUAUUAACUGAAGAUGUUAAAGGCAAGAGCAUUGAGGAUCCAUUGGUUGAGAAGCGUCGCCGUGACCGCGCCAGAGAGAAGCCGCGCUCCACUUCGAAUCAGAAAACGAGCAGCGAGGCCAACGCUGAUCUCGCACGCCUCGCGCUCGUACGCAAGAAACGUGAAGCGGCUGCCGAGCAGCGUUUGGCUGCCAAAAAGGAGAACAAUAGCAACUAUCAUCACUUGGACGGUGCAACGCCAUCCACAUCCAAAUCGGAUAUAUCCGUUAAAAAGAAGCACAACAAGCACAAAUCGGGAGGAACGGCCGGUGGCACCAACGAGUUUCUGAAGAAGCCCAACGCCGAGGAGCACCUUAGUAAAUUUGUUAGGGGCCGCAAUGGGAACAAACGAAAUGUCAGCUUGCAAGCCUAAAGAGAAAGGGGAAUGAAACUGAAAGAGGGAGCCAAAAAAGAAAAAAGAAAGCAAAUCAAACCAAAUCAAAUCAAAUCAAAUCAGAGUAGGCUAGCUCAGGAUUGUUGAGGCCAACACAUUAUAUAUACAUAUAUGAAUAUAGUAUAUAUAUAGCUUAGCCUUCAGUCAUUUCGAUUUCAUUUCACGUUCAUUUCGAUUUGUAAAUUUUGAGUUACCUACACGAAUAAAACAAAUAAAAACUACAACUAAAUUAUAUUGUAUUCAAACUGAUGCCACUACAGCCUAGCCGUUUCACGGUGGAUCUAAUCUAGUUUUCUUUCGAGUUGCAGCAGCAGUGACAUAAAGAAGCAGCCGGCUGAACGUUUCUAAACUAAACGACAAAAAGCAAAAUUAAAAAAAAAAAAUUUGAAAAAAAAAA